AUUUUAUUGAUAUAUUUUGGUAGGUUAAUUAUCAAAAUAUUACAAAAAGCACCCCUUCAUACUUUAUAAAGUCGUUCAACGGUUCAUAUUCCAUUAACAAAACCCUCGCUUAUCUAGCUUUGUUUGUUUUACAAACAUGGACUAGAUAACAUGGCUAAGUGAAUAAUAAUUAACCUAUUAAUUGCGAGGUCACACAUGUAUCCCGGAUCCACUUAGCACGUCCAACUGCAGUGAUUCAUUCAAAACAGUUAUCUUAUUAUGACACAAGUAUCUCUAGGACCCCUGACAUUUAUAUCUUAAUCACUUUUGCAAUCUAUAUAAGCACCAAUCGUAUGUACCAAAUCGAGACCAUAUCGAGCUGUAUUCCGUGACAGUCAGUGCAAAUAAUGACCCCGAAGAUAUUCAGUAUUGUCAAGCUUUCCGGAGUCUUGGAGCCGGUCAGAAAUUCCUACGUGAUCGUCCCGACGUCGUGGGUCAACAGCAAGGAUGAUGGUUCCGUGACAGUUCCCUACCCAUCAGCAGACCAAUUGGAGAUGGAAUUUGUAAGGAUUAUCACCUGUCAACCAGCGCUAGCAGAAUGGAACGAGUAUCAGGGUGUCGUCGAACGUGAAGCAGAUACUUAUCAAGCUGGCAUGCUGUACGUGAAGCAUAGAGACAGCACGCCUUUGGAUGAAGAACUUUUGAUGCUCUGGACUCGCAUCUGCCUCGAGUACGUGGACGAACUUGGACGUUUUCACCCUGCUGCAAUAAUCUGCAAAAUUUGGUCGCGCUUUUGGAAGUAAGGAUAUUACUAGAUAAUCCUUUGUGCUGCAAUUGUUGUAAAAUAACGUAAGUUAUUAAAGAGCAUUUCAUUUACUUGAAGUUUUUCUCUCUCUGUUAGAAACGCGCUGACCAAUCUCAGUUCCAGUGACCUUCAUUAAGUUUUUAUGAUAAGUGAAAGCAGUUUUAGUAAUUCUUAACGAAAAUCAACAUUAAGCACCCUAUGUAUUUUUACGUUACGUACCCUAUGUGAAGUUACGUAAAUAAUUCAAGUAGAGGCGCUUGGCAGAAUUCUAGAUGAAGCGCAUUAUUUUCUUUGCACUAUCCCUACAUGAAAAUUCUUAUUAACUCGCUUUAAUCUCAAUAUUAGUAGAAGUAAACUGCAAAUA